AUGGCCCGAUUCCCUCGGGGGCUGGGGAUUCGGCUGGGAGGUGGAGGUGGAGGUGGUGGUGGUGGUGGCGGUGGCGGGUUCUUGGUUCGGCAAAUGGGCCCAAGCUUGAAGUUGGAGCUUGAGCAUGAGCAUGAGCUUGAGCUUGAGCUUGAGCUUGAGCUUGAGCAUGAGCUUGAGCUUGGAGCUGACACUUGGUUGGACCUUGGCUUGGAGACUGGCUUGGAGACUGGGGCUUGA